CGCGGCCGCUGGGAGCGCCGCCACGCCGCGGGCGCCGAGAGCCGGGCGCGUCUCCAUGCAGGAGACGGACCUCUACCAGGCGCUGGGCGUGGCGCGGAAUGCAAACGACGGCGACAUCAAGCGCGCGUACCGCUCCGCGGCGCGCAAGUACCACCCGGACGUCAACCCGUCGGACGACGCCAAGGAGAAGUUCCAGACCAUCAACGAGGCGUACCAGGUGCUCUCCAACCCCGAGAUGCGGCAGCGGUACGACCAGUUCGGGAUGGCGGGCAUCAAGGGCGCCGCGGGCGCGCCAAACAUGCAGGACUUUGACCUCGGCGACAUCUUCGAGUCCUUCUUUGGCGGCUCGCCGGGCGGCGGCGGCGGCCGCGCGCGCCAGAACCGGCCGACGCAGGGCGACGACCUCCGCUUCGACCUCGAGCUCGACUUCAAGACGGCUCUCUUCGGCGGCGAGAAGAAGAUCCGCAUCACGCAGCUCGAGGCGUGCGCGACGUGCGCGGGCUCGGGAGUCGCGCCCGGGGCGUCGGUGACGACUUGUACAACCUGCGGCGGCCGCGGAGUGGUGAUGCAGACGGUCAACACCAUCCUCGGCAGGAUGCAGCAGCAGUCGCGCUGCCCCACCUGCGGCGGCUCGGGCUCGGUGGUCGAAAAGUACUGCGGCUCGUGCGACGGGCGAGGCACAAACAAGCGCUCCAAGCAGCUCACCGUCACGAUCCCUCCCGGCGUCGAGAACGGCAACCGGCUGCGCGUGCGCGGCGAGGGCGACGCGGGGCCAAAGGGCGGCCCCUCCGGAGACCUGUAUGUCUUCCUCUCGGUCUCGCCGAGCAACGGCUUCCGGCGCGAGGGCAUGGACAUCUUUUCCGAGGUCAGCGUCUCGUACCUCGACGCCAUCCUCGGCUCGACUCUCAAGAUAGACACCGUGGACGGCUCGCCCGUCGACGUGGCGCUGCCGGCGGGGACGCAGCCGGGCGCGACGCUCCGGCUCGAGGGCAAGGGCGCGCCCAAGCUCAACAACCUCAACGUGCGCGGCUCACACUUCAUCAAGGUCAACGUACAGAUCCCAAAGUCCCUCUCUACGAAGGAGAAGGAGCUGGUCACAAAGCUGCGCGCCGAGUCUCGGUAGGCCGCCGUCGCGGGGUAGGAACUAGGUGGGUGCCGGGGUGAGGAGAGUGGGGGCGAGAGAGAGGGCAGCGGAGGGUGCUUUCGUGCCAGACACGGGGCGAGGGGGGGUGGUGCGAUCGUCACCUCUCUACGAGCCGCCGCUGGCGCGGCGUGGCGCGCGGUGUCGGCGGUGGCUUGCAGUCCUCCCUCUCCAGCACUCACUCGCUGUCGCUCCCUGUCUGGGUGCUUUUCUCUCGUUCUCGAUUCUCUCGAUCUCGUCUCUCCUAUCUGUAUUUGGCACAGAGAAUUUUUUCGUCCGC